CGGGCCGCCGCCGCCGCCAGGCAUCGGCCGCGCUCCGCCAAGGCCGCCGCCGCCUCCCUCCGUCUCCGGCUUCUCUACCAGGCGCGUCAAGUAGGGAUAUGUCCUCAGCACCAACUACUCCUCCAUCAGUGGAUAAAGUAGACGGAUUUUCUCGGAAGUCCGUCAGAAAAGCCAGACAGAAGAGGUCACAAAGCUCCUCCCAGUUCAGGUCUCAGGGCAAGCCUAUCGAGUUAACUCCCCUGCCUCUGCUAAAAGACGUUCCAUCUUCAGAGCAGCCUGAAUUGUUCCUAAAGAAACUUCAACAGUGCUGUGUCAUUUUUGACUUCAUGGACACGCUUUCAGACCUUAAAAUGAAAGAAUACAAGCGCUCCACUCUUAAUGAACUGGUGGACUACAUUACAAUAAGCAGAGGCUGUUUGACAGAGCAGACUUACCCUGAAGUAGUUAGAAUGGUAUCUUGCAAUAUCUUCAGAACUCUCCCACCUAGUGACAGCAAUGAAUUUGAUCCAGAAGAGGAUGAGCCCACCUUGGAGGCAUCGUGGCCACAUUUACAGCUUGUAUAUGAGUUUUUCAUACGAUUUUUGGAAAGCCAAGAAUUUCAGCCCAGCAUUGCCAAAAAGUACAUAGAUCAGAAAUUUGUAUUGCAGCUGUUGGAGCUGUUUGACAGCGAAGACCCUCGAGAACGAGACUACCUAAAAACAGUCUUGCACAGAAUUUAUGGCAAGUUCCUGGGUCUUAGAGCAUUUAUCCGAAAACAGAUUAAUAAUAUUUUUCUACGAUUUGUUUAUGAAACUGAACACUUCAAUGGCGUAGCUGAACUGUUGGAAAUUUUAGGAAGUAUUAUCAAUGGUUUUGCUUUACCUCUCAAGGCAGAGCAUAAACAGUUUCUGGUGAAGGUGCUGAUCCCUUUACACACUGUCAGGAGUUUAUCACUCUUCCAUGCACAGCUGGCGUAUUGCAUAGUACAGUUUCUGGAGAAAGACCCCUCACUCACAGAACCAGUCAUUAGAGGUUUAAUGAAAUUCUGGCCAAAAACCUGCAGUCAGAAAGAGGUCAUGUUCCUAGGAGAGCUGGAGGAAAUCUUGGAUGUAAUUGAACCAUCACAAUUUGUCAAAAUCCAGGAACCCUUGUUUAAACAAAUUGCCAAGUGUGUCUCUAGCCCUCAUUUUCAGGUGGCUGAAAGAGCGCUGUACUAUUGGAAUAAUGAAUACAUCAUGAGUUUGAUAGAGGAGAACUCAAAUGUUAUACUUCCCAUCAUGUUUUCCAGCCUUUACAGGAUUUCUAAAGAGCACUGGAAUCCGGCUAUUGUGGCUUUAGUCUACAAUGUGUUGAAGGCAUUUAUGGAGAUGAACAGCACCAUGUUUGACGAGCUGACAGCCACUUACAAGUCAGAUCGUCAGCGUGAGAAGAAGAAAGAGAAGGAGCGUGAAGAACUGUGGAAAAAACUGGAGGAUUUGGAAUUAAAGAGAGGUCUUAGACGUGAUGGAAUAAUUCCAACUUAACAAAAAAACAAAACAGCAUUAUUAACCUGUGGAGUCACACAUUUAUGUAGUAGAAGAUGGAGCAACAGUUUUCUGUAUUGUGCAACUUUACAGUAGAUUUCACAUUUGUUUCAUUAUUACAACAGCACUGUAUAUACCUGUCUCUAAGUAAAGGAAAAAAAUAAGGACUUUAAUCCAAAGUUUGGACAACAGAUGGACUUCUCAGAACUUUGCAAACAUAAUCAUUGUUUUAACCCUUCUUUAAAACCAGUCUUCAAAGAUCUGUUGAUGAAAAUUGCAAUGUCAGAUUCCAUUGUCAGGACCUGUUCCUUAUUUAUCGUUAGCAGAGAGUGUAAUACAACUUUCAAAUGUGAACAAUCUUAAAAUUUAGCUUGUCUUUCUGCUAAACUGUUACGUGUAUUUAUAGUAAAAGAGAAAAAAGACUGUCAUUUCCUUAUGAGUUUGUGUAACAUCCUCCUUCUCUGGAUAACUUUACUGUAAUUUGACUUUCUUUUCUUUUUGCAUAUCUUCAUAAGUUGAAUGUCCAUUCAGAUCAGGGCCAUGAAAAGCAUUGGUCCUGAAUAAAAGUUUUGUUUACUGGUGUGAGCAUUUUUUAGUACCAGGCUGUCUCUGGUGCUUCCUUAAUUUGAACAUUAGGAAUUAAAAAACAAGUAGGUGAUAAGCAUAGUA